UUGAAAGAUCUACAUAGUUGUAAAAGGGAAAACAAAACUUUUAUAAUCAAAUAUAUCAUUCUCGAUUUUUUUUUUUUUUUUUUGUAAAGUAUCAUUUAUCUCUGUGUCUCGUCUUGUGUGGACGAUAAAGAACUUUGAGAGCCAACUUCAUCAUCUCAAAGACUCUCUUGUGGCCAAGGAGACAUCUGGGGAAAAACAAAAAAGGAGAAGGCAAACGAAGCAAGAUCAGCCCAGUUCAAAGGCUAUGCCAGAACAUAGCAAUGCUGCAAUCCCAAGUCUCUGAGCUUCUCUAUUCCCUAGAGUUUUUGUUAGCCUUGCGGGAACGAUAUCCAUUCACACGGCUCACAGAUGCUGAAUCACAUCAAGGUACUUGUCUCUGCAGUAACAAGAAUAAACGAGCUUGACAGCUUGUAUGGGGUUAUACAUUGAAACAAAGGGUCCAAAUAAAGAAUCAGCUAACCAGCCUGCUAGUAUCAAAUGAAACUGGUGAAAGGGAGGAUCCAGACAGCAGACGAUAUCUGCACUGUUGUUUGAGAGCAUUGCAAGAAGAGGUUUUAUGGAAACUGAAGGAUACUAAGAAGCAGCGAAAGUGGUUUUGUUUGUGCGGAUUUUUAAGCUUUCCGUUUCUCUGUAUUGCCGAGAUGGAUGCAUGUUCUGGAUCUGUAUUGUCGAGAUGGAUGCUUUUUUAGUAUGGUCCAGAGAUCAUCGAAUUGCUGGUGAAACAGCAUACCUUCUUCUUUGAUUCAAACUAGCUAACGUAAUCGAAGCAAAUUAUACUUGAUACCCUGAAUGAUGUCCAGAUGUGUUAUGUCCUCGAGAGAUCGACUUUUUCUGGACAACCUAACUGAGAAAAAGAUUGCUAAAGAUUCUAGCUACAGUUCAAGAAUUUGUUCCACAGCUGCAGAGAUUAGAGAUAUGUGGACAGCUUCCGUAACUACAACUUGGGACAAGGUUUAUUGGCUUUCGAUUGAUUAUCUUGCUGUUACCAGAUCAGCAGUAGUGAGCCAUCCCUUUCCUUCUGAAAUAUUAGACCAAGUUUAGAUAGAGGCUCUAAAUUACCAAGUUUAGAUAGAAAUUUGGCAGUCUAAGCCUCGGAGGAUCCUGAUUUGUCUUAUCAUGAUAUGGUAAUUGUGUAUAAGAAAUGCAUGUUAUCCAUUGGGGAUUAUUGGGCUAGAUAAUUAUUGUACUCAGGCUCCUCCAUAGUUUUCAUCUUCUUAACCAAAUAACUAAUAUGCAUUGUGGUUUAUUGAUUAUUGACUAAUGAGUUGUAAAUCAUCGUCAUAUAUGAAACUUCCAUUGGAUGCAAUUUAAAAAAAAUUGUAAAGUCGGUGGUCUCUACGUAGGAAAAGGGGAUUGCAAAUAAGAGUUUUUUUGUUGCUGAAUCACGUCGAGGUACUUGUGUCUGCAGUAACAAGAAUAAACGAGCUUGACAGCUUGUAUGGGGUUAUACAUCGAAACAAAGGGUCCAAAUAAAGAAUCAGCUAACCAGCCUGCUAGUAUCAAAUGAAACUGGUGAAAGGGAGGAUCCAGACAGCAGACGAUAUCUGCACUGGUAACACAUUUCUACUCUCAUGUAUCAGUGAUGCUUUUUGUAGUUAGUAGAGAUACCAUUCCCUGUCUGUACCUCUGGAUUGCACCAAAUUUAUAUGUAACUGAUGAGUUUUAAGAAUAGAGUAGUUGAAUGGUCUGGCUUUUCUUUCUUGGUUCAUGUCCUAGUAUCAGGGUUCAUGUCCUUGUCUUUCUGGCUUCUCUCCUUUUCUUUUCUUUCUUGUUGUGAUGAAGUCGUUUCUGACUGUUCUUGCUUCUUGUUGAAUUCGAGUAAAGGAGAGAAGUAAACCAUGUCUGCUUCUUAUUGAAUUCGGGUCACCGUGAUGUAUUUUUGAGACCUUGGUUUGUGCUUAGCAGACUAAGUUUCUUCUCUGGGACAUGAGUUCGUAGGUUAACAAAAACGUUUCUGCAAUCUAGAUGCCAAGAAAGUUCAAAUCAGUAUCCCUUUAAAGCUCAUUUAAAAUUUUUACUCUUAUUCAUCGCCAAAACGAUCUUUUCCAUAUUAUCAAUCGAGUAUAGUUCCUCGAGCAGUGAAAUAUCUGACUCAAGACGGUAUAACUUUGCCAGCACGGUAGGUAGACAAGUAAGCUGUUUGAAAAAGGAGUAAUCAAAAGGAGUAAUCCGAUAAAUUGAAGCAAUUCAGGGGCCCAUUAACCAGUACAUUUAAGCAAUACAAGAGCCCAUUAAGCAACCGAAAUCCAAUAGUUAAGCAAUAAAAUAGCCCAUUUUAAACCAACCGAUUGAUGACAAGAAAGACGACGACGUCGUAUAUGCUUGCAAAUUGGUCGUAUCGUAUUAUGUUUAGCCCGUGUUCGGCACAUGUCACAUGUCUAUCACGUGUAUGGCAAAGAUAAAUACGAAAACAACAUAUACGACGUCAACACUUUUCUUGUAGCGACAAAUCUAUUAAAAAAAGUGAAUGAUGAUGUUGAUAUUAAUAAUGGAAAAAAAAAAAAAAAGGAAACGAUAAUUACCAAAAAAAAAAAGGAUAAUAUCAAAAGAUUGGUCUCGAUAUUUGAUAUGCAUGUAUAGAAAAAGAAAACUUAUAAGCCAAACAAGGAUUCAGGCUUUAUGUAUAAAUAUCAAAGUAUAGAAACUUGAAGGAAAAUAAGAAACCAAGUUAUAAGAGAUGGCAUCGUUGAGAAAACGAAAGAGAUCGAAAACAGCUUUUUAUGUUUUUGGUAACCAAUCUAAGAGAGCUUUGAAGUGGAUCCAAAGAAGAAAAGUCAACGAUGAUGUUGAUAUUAAUAAUGGUGAUCAUGCAACAAAAAAUACAAAUAUCAUCGAUGAUUUACCUGAGACCUUGCUUUUGGUUGAGAUUUUCUCAAAGCUAAGUAACCCUAGAGAUCUUAUUGUAUGCAAAAGCGUGAGCAAACGAUGGAACUCUCUGUUAUCUUCUUCUUCUUUCCAUUACACUCGUAGUUUGGCUUUGUUUCUCAACAACACACAACCUCAACUUGCUACGAACGACAUAUGCUUAGAGAGUUGGAAAGGAUUUGAGUUAUGCAACUAUAUCGAUCUCGAUUUUGACCAUCCGCUUUGUGUUCUAGCGUCCUACAAAGAUGUCUUGUUAUGCAUGAAAUCUCCACCGGUUACGAGGCUAAGGCGAUCACAAUCACAAUUCUACCUUGUGAAUCCCGUGACAAUGCAAUGGACUCGUCUUCCAAAAUUUGCCAAUGGAAUCAUUGAUGUCAUCCCAACGUUUCCAUUAGGGUUGACAGGGAAUGGGUCAAAGGGUACGUACUAUGUUGUCAUGCUGAAUCUUUCUAAACCUUAUCUGCUUAAUGUUUGUGUGUUUGAUUCUAAACUCGGUAAAUGGAUAUAUGAUUUUAUCGAGCAUCCUCGUUGGUCACCAUCCGGAUGGUGUCCAACGCAAUACCAAGCCUUGACCUUUAAUGGAGCUUUACAUUGGUUAGCCGAGGAUGGACCUAUCGUAGCUUAUAACCCUAACCAUAUGCGCAAAUGCAUAUUCAUCCAUCGUUCCCAAGAGAUGCAUCAUGCUUUUUAUGGUGGCGGUGCGGUUGUUUCUGAGACUUUAACCGUCUCCAUGGGUCAUCUACGCAUCAUUCAAUUCGUUUGCUUUAAAUAUCCCGAUGAUCAUCACCAUCUUUGUAUUUGGACACUCGAGGAUUACAAACAAUCCAUAUGGAAACAAGAGCAUGAGCCUGUCUAUUUUAGAGACAUGGUUUCUGAUCUUCCAUGGAUACAAGACUACAUGCGGGGAUAUAAUCUCAACACAACAACUAACAAAGACAAUGUGCCCAUCAUCAUGCAAUAUGUCGACCUUGAUGAUUAUUUGGACGUUGAAUAUCAGCCUCCGGAAACCAAAGAACGGAUCGUUUGUACAAGGCCUUUAGUUUGCCAUCCAAACAAUCCUCUUCUCGUUUACUUGUAUUUACCUGAAACCAUCGUCUCUCUUGAUGUCACAACAAAGGAGCUGAGGCUAAUCACCAGAGACAACGGAAGCGGCAUGUCUAGUACUAGCUCUUACUGGAACCACUAUGACAAGGUGAUACCAAUGACGCUUCACUUAGAUCCUACUUUGAUCCCUUGUCACGAGCAUGUACUUCUGCCACGUACGUGAUAAUCUCACAUUUUGUUAGAUUUGUCCUUUGGAAUUUCUAGAUGACGUGGGCUUUGUGAUUUUUUUUUCCUAGAACGUUAUGAGUUUGUUAAUUUUUAUA